CAAAAAAAGAGAGAGAGAGAGAGAGUUAACUAAUAAUAGACUUGUCUUGUGUAAAAAAAAUUAUUCAUUUGUUUUUCCAUAAGAACUAGAAACAAACAAACGUAGAGAAAAAAAAGUUGCGACUUUGACAAGUUAGCCGAAACAAUGGAGAAUGAAGAGGGAAAAAGAGAGAUGACGAAGAAACAAAGUUCAAGGUUUAAGAGCAUUUGCGUCUUUUGUGGGAGUAGCAAUGGGAACAAAGCUAGUUAUCAAGAUGCAGCCAUUGAUUUGGCCAAGGAACUGGUGAUGAGGAAGAUUGAUCUUGUUUAUGGUGGAGGAAGCAUAGGUUUAAUGGGUUUGGUGUCUCAAGCUGUUCAUGAUGGUGGUCGUCAUGUUAUUGGAGUCAUCCCCAAGCUCCUCAUGUUGCAAGAGUUAACUGGAGAAACAGUAGGAGAAGUGAAGGAAGUUGCAGACAUGCAUCAGAGAAAAGCUGUGAUGGCUAAGCAUUCUGAUGCUUUCAUUACUUUGCCUGGUGGCUAUGGUACACUAGAGGAGCUACUUGAAGUGAUAACUUGGGCACAACUUGGUAUCCAUGAUAAACCGGUCGGUUUAUUAAACGUUGAUGGAUAUUACGAUGCAUUGCUGUUAUUCAUCGACAAAGCCGUCGAAGAGGGAUUUAUUCUUCCAACCGCUCGACAUAUUAUCGUAUCUGCACCAACCGCAAGAGAGUUGUUUAUAAAAUUGGAGGUAUAUCGAUAGAUGAUACGGAUUUAACCCUAAACCGAACCAUACAGUAUAUCCAAGUCAUGAUCCCGUUAUGAUUUAUUAUUUUCUAGUUGAAUAUGGUAUCACUAGAUCGAAUAUCUAAACAUGCAUUAUCUUUGUUUCAAGUUAUGUCUAAAGCUGGUUAGACUAGACCGAGUUUUUGUUUAAUAAUCAUGAAAUUUUUGAUUGGUGUGUAUUGCAGGAAUAUGUGCCUCAACACAAGUAAUAAUAUGCAUCAAAACUGAGCUCCAAGACGAUUCAUACCAAAAAAUUGUGAAUCGGGAUGAGUAAAUAUUUGAUUAUUUCUUAGUCAAUCUAAAAGUCGGAUUUGAUUAGGGAGUACAAAAUGUAAAUUUGUUUUGUGAUUUUAUAAUAUAUCAACUAGUGCAUUUCAUUUACAUUUUAAGUUAAGUUCAUAUACGUUUACGUUAGAUACUGUAAAUUUUUGGUCCGAUGGUUUUGGAUAUAAGGG